AUGAAUCAAAAUGCCAUGCACUAUAGCGACAAUGAUAUCAACGUGGCUGCAAAAUCUACCCUUCACAUGACACUUUGUCUCAGGGGUGCGACCGGUCUUGUUCCACAAGGAGACAUGUCGUCUGCGUCACCGAGACCACUACCCAGCAGAGAAGCCUCGCAUGACAGGCGGAUCGAGACUCCCCGCAAUCCUCCGAGUCCUGGUCCUGUCCAUGAGAGUGGUUGGGGGAGAUUGACAUUUGCGCCACCCAGUCUCUCAUUUUCCUACUGGGCUUCCAUGCUUAGUGAGGAGGAAUUUCCUACCUUCCUGUUUGGCCGACACUCUCAGGACCAUAUCAACUCAAAGAUUCCGAAGGUUGUGGCGAACAAAAGCCCGAUUCCUGAGCAUUGGGCAUGGGGUGGGUCUGCCACAGGUCUAUCCGAAGAGGAAUCUGAACCAGAAUAUGACUCGGCAACAAAGAUGGAUUCCAACCAGCACCUGAAUUGGAGCACAGCCACCCAUAUUCAGCACUCGACACCGCAAGAGGCAAGAAAUCCUGCUCAUUUGGAAAUCAAGAGGUUAACUCGCUGUCUGGAGGAGAGUAGCAAAUGA